CUUGAGACGGUAGCUAGCUAGCUAACAUGGUAACUAGCAUUGCAUUUCUUUCCUCACAAACUAUUUUAUUGUUGUUUAUCUAGCUACAAAGAUUUUUUUAAUUUGCUAAAUUAGCCAUAUAGCUAGCUAGGUAAUUUACGAUAACUAAUAUGAGGCUUUAUAACAUUAAGCUAGCUAGAUACUGAAACCAAAGUCGAGUCAGAGCCGGUAGUUGAUUGAGCUAAAACCUCGGAGUCGGGUAAUGUUAUGGAGACAGUGGACAGCAUGAUUGUGUCAAACUCAGACGAGCUCCUGACACAAAAUGUUACUCCAAAAGAAGUUAUGUUUAAGGACAGCACUGAUGAGUACAUGGGAGCCCAGCAGGCAAUAAACGUGGAGGUCCGUACUUCCGCUACGUUGUUGACAUCAGCUCAGGAUAUACAGUCCUCACAUCAAAAUCUAAGUCAAGACGGAUUUAGUUGGGAUGAAAGUGAAAUCACAUCAAAAACAGUUGAUAUUGGAAAUUCAACUGUAACAGUUAAAAUCUUACUUAUGCCAGAGGGACAUAUGAUGACCAAGGCCUUUAUCAUUGGCCUUACUACGCAGGAUCUGAAGAAUCAUUUUGCCAGUGAGCUGAGAGUACCCUCAGACGUUAUUAAAAUCACACUAAAUGGUAAGGCUGUGGAGGACCACCAGACCCUCAUGGGUUUGGGUGUGCAGCCACAUGGCACAGUCCAGUUUGAGAUGAGCUCAUUAGACCCUGAGAAUUACCCCAUCAAACCUGUUAAACCACAGCAGGAGUGCAACAUGCCUGAUGUCAUUACUGUCAGAGUACAGAAAGAUAAAGACACUUUUCAGGAUGUGGUGGUUGAGAUAGAAAGAGCUACUCGAAAGAAGGCCUUCCUGGGAGGAUAUUCCCACAAGCUCACUAAAACUGAGUACCAUCAUGCUGCAGUACAGACUAUGGCUAGAAGGAGGCCUGACAGAGGUGUGGAGACUUUCAGCAGAGAUUCACAGACAGUGGAGGUGAAGAGCCAGGCUCAACAGUGCACCAUCAACACUUGCACUCAGAUGACUAAGAUUGGUUGCUACAUGUCCAACAUGAAAGACAAGCUUAUCAUACCAGGGACCUACAUCACUGCAGACGAGUACCAUAGCAAGCGGUUAAAAGCUGUAUUAACGAUACAGACCUACACAAGGCGCUGGCAGGCCAAGCAGAUUGCUGCUCAGCUGAGGCUUGACAAGGAGCUGCGUGUAACCUGGGCAGAGAGAGAAGAGAGGAGGAAAAGAGAGGAGAAGGAGGAGCAAAUCAGGGCAGAGUACCACAGGAGAAUGAAUCCUGAGAAGAAGGAAGACUUUGCCCUGCUCUACAAUGCACUAGAAAGCUGGAGGCAGGAAGAGGUGGAGCACAUUGAUGCUACUCUGUGUGGAGCUGAGCGGAAGGCAGCCCUGUGUGCUCUAUUGGAGGAGGAGACACAGCUCAUUGCUUCUAUAGGAUGUCAUCGCAUCGCUGCUGGAGAGAGGAACCAGGAGAAAGCAGUGCAAGCUUUCCUCAACAAGUGUGCUGCCCCUAAAAGAUGGCAAGCAUUUGAUGGAACAAUAACCGAGAUGGACACACCAUACACCAUCAGGGCUAAAGAACUCCGAGACCUCUACCGCAGCAUCAACCUGCACUACCUUAGUCAGGCGGAGCGCCUUGAUGUGCUGCUCACCCUCAAACACACCAUCAAGGAGCAUCACUGUAAGCUGACUCAGCAAAUAGUGGAGCUGAUUAAUAGAGAGGCUGACUUGCUGACCAGGGGUGUGAAGGAAAGUAACCUUGAAGGCCUGAGGAAGAGGAUCUCCACGCUCUUUCUUCAGUACAUCAAAACCCCCAUUUUCAACCCUCAGGUGUCCAAAUUGCUAAGGGUGCCACAGGACCCAUCCCAGCCACGAAAGAACAUCUACUUCUGUCGCAGCUGCAGUAGCUACUUGCCCUCCACUGACUUUGCCCUGCCAGCCAACGCACGGGUGUUAGUCCUUUGCUGCCGGUGUUCUGAGCUGGACAAUGAGGCACGGAGCAGGGAGGAUGUCUCCCAAUACAAAACCAUCCUUAAACAGCUGCGCAAGACCGAGGCAGAAUACAGCCCAGAUGCCAAGAUCAUGUACCUUCUGCAGGAUCAGGAUUUGCGGUACCUUGUUGAUGUGGUAUGGAGGGCCCAGUCUGUGUUGAGUGCCUGGAAUGACCUCCGUGAUUUGCUGAUGGUGCGCUGGGACAAGCAGUUGGAAUGGAGCCCCUGGAACUGCAUCCUGCUUACUAAGGACGAGGCAGCGGCACAUGUCAAAGUCGAAAAUGUAGAGAAGGUAUAUGGCAUGGUGUUAAUCCGUAACAUCAAGCACAAACACACUCUGGCCCGGAAGUACUUCUCCCAGAUCCCAAUUAUGGCUGAGUACCUCCAUAAUGUCGACUCAGAGUAUGCUGCCCACAGCAACAUGUUGGUCACUAAACCCAUUACUACGGCAACCAAGUAACAUCUGCAAGACACUACUCUCAACCUAAAAUGCUCAGCACCAUUUCAAACACUCUAUCUUGUUCUGUUUCUUUUUUGUCUAUCACUAGAACCGUUUUAAACUAUAGAAAACGCAAUACACAUAGAUAAACAGAUUAUUUAAAUUGCUACCUUUUGCACUAAUGACUCACUGAUGUCUGUUUUUGUCUGGUUUAGUAGAAGUGAGUCCUUGAAUUUCUUCUAGCACCUUGUAAUGGAUUUCUAAAGUAGCCCUAGCAUGAAAUAAAUCCAUUGAGAUCCA